ACAAACCCUUCAUGAUCAUCACGGAGUACAUGGAGAACGGCGCGUUGGAUAAAUUCCUGCGGGAAAAAGAGGGGGAGUUUGGUGUCAUCCAACUGGUGGGGAUGUUGAGGGGCAUUGCCGCCGGCAUGAAGUACUUGGCCAACAUGAAUUACGUCCACCGGGAUUUGGCCGCUCGGAAUAUCUUGGUCAACAGCAAUUUGGUGUGUAAAGUGUCUGAUUUUGGACUCUCCAGAGUGUUGGAAGAUGAUCCUGAAGCCACUUACACCACCAGCGGUGGGAAGAUCCCCAUCCGUUGGACGGCACCUGAAGCCAUCUCCUACCGCAAGUUCACCUCAGCCAGCGACGUCUGGAGCUACGGCAUCGUCAUGUGGGAGGUGAUGUCCUACGGCGAGCGACCCUACUGGGAGCUCUCCAACCAUGAGGUGAUGAAGGCCAUCAACGAAGGCUUCCGUCUUCCCGCCCCCUUGGAUUGUCCCUCUGCCAUCUACCAGUUGAUGCUUCAGUGCUGGCAGCAGGACCGCGCCCGGCGCCCCAAGUUCACCGAUGUCGUCAGCAUCCUGGACAAGCUGGUCCGAGCACCCGAGUCCCUCAAGGCGCUGGCGGACUUUGACCCCCGGGUGUCCAUCCGCCUGCCCAGCACCGGUGGCUCCGAGGGGAUCCCGUUCCGCUCCGUGCCCGAGUGGCUGGAGUCCAUCCGCAUGCCCCAGUACACCCAGCACUUCAUGGCCUCGGGCUACAGCACCAUCGAGAAGGUCCUGCAGAUGAGCAGCGAGUGA